AGUCUCGGUGUCUCACCUCCCGCUUCCCUCUCCACGUACGCAACCACCUGCCUGCCCUGGCCUCGACGCAACGGCACGGCUGGAGCUGACGGAUGGGAGGUGCGCCACCCGUGCCGCCGCGGCCGUGUGAUGAGCAGGAAGUGACGGAGCUGGAGCUGCGCAUGCAGCUGCUGGGCGGCGCCUACAAUAUCAACGACAACGCCGACCUCCUGGCCGAGAUCCUUGCGCGCCUCGACGGCCGCUCGCUCGCCGCCGCGGCCUGCGUCUGCCGCCUCUGGGCGGCCGUCGCGCGCCGGGACGCCGUCUGGGAGGCGCUCUGCCUCCGCCACGUUGGCCCGGCGCCGGACCCCGCGCCGCCGGCGGGCCCCGCGACCCGCACCGUGGUCGCAGCGCUCGGAGGGUACCGCCGCCUCUACCGCUUCUGCCUCGGCCCGGCGCUGGAACGGCUCGGCCGCGCGGGGGCGCUGGUGCAGGCCCAGGCCCGGGCGCACCACCUGUCGCUGUCCCUCUCGCUGUCGCUCUUCUCCAUCGACUGCUACGAGCGCCUCGGCGGCGCCGGCGGGGGCGGCGCCGGGAGGCAACCGCAGCCGCCGUCGUCGUUGUUGUUCCUCUGCAAACCCGUGGACGUGUCGUGAUGACAUUUAGCAGGCACGAUCCCUCGCUCCCCCCUGCCGCUCCAUUAAUCCCGGCCGUCCGAUAGGUCGAUGUCGUCGCGUUUCUCGCGUAUGCUUGCUGCUUCCUGUUGCUCCUAGCUUCCUGCUCGUUUGACGGACGCCGCUUAACAUAAUUGGUUUGGUUUUCGAUCAUUAGCACGAAUGAACAAUGAGAGAGAGAGAGAGUUCUUCAAUCAAGCUGUACCGGAGAGGCACAUUAAAUAUGGAAAAUAAUGAUUAUUUUCUUUUU